UUCACUUAACCGCAUAUUAGUAAGCUCCCAACCGCAGACGAGCCAGACCCCAAAACAACACAGGGUCUCUUUGCUCCAACACUAAUGGCUAUCUUCGUUCCCUAUCUCUUGCUCUCCACCUUUCUAUACCAAUCAUCAUUUUGUGCUUUAGAAACCCACUUCGAGUCAGAUUUGGCUCAGGAGCUUCUCAUUUCCGCAAAAGAUCCCAAGUUCUUCGACUGGGUGAAAAGGGUCAGAAGGCAAGUCCACCAGUACCCAGAACUGGGGUUUGAAGAGCACAGGACGAGUCAGCUCAUUAGAGAUGAGCUUGACUCACUAGGAGUCCAGUACAAGUGGCCUGUUGCCAAGACUGGUGUUGUGGCUUCUAUUGGGUCUGGGGACCAACCCUUCUUUGCUCUCCGAGCUGACAUGGAUGCUCUCCCUCUGCAGGAACUAGUUGAUUGGGAAUACAAGAGCAUGAUUGAUGGCAAGAUGCAUGCUUGCGGUCAUGAUUCUCAUGUAGCAAUGCUGCUUGGAGCAGCAAAGUUACUCCAGGCCAGGAGAGAAAGAUUGAAGGGAACCGUGAAGCUUGUUUUCCAGCCUGGAGAAGAGGGUUAUGCAGGCGCUUAUCAUUUGCUAAAAGAUGGUGGUCUUGACAAUGUUAAUGCAAUCUUUGGUUUACAUGUAAUGCCAUCACUUCCCACUGGUACCAUUGCUUCAAGGCCAGGUCCAAUGCUUGCUGGUACUGGAAUGUUUUCAGCAGCUAUAAAAGGGAAAGGUGGGCAUGCAUCAAGCCCACAUUUGGGUAGAGACCCUAUUGUUGCAGCAUCCCUGACGAUUGCUUCCCUCCAACAAAUUGUGUCGCGAGAGACCGAUCCUCUUGAAGCCAGAGUGGUGACAGUGGGGUACAUAGAGGGAGGCCAAGCAGCAAAUGUAAUUCCAGAGACUGUUAAAUUUGGGGGAACUUUUAGAAGCUUGACUUCUGAAGGUCUGUCCUACCUCCAGGAAAGGAUCAAAGAGGUCAUAGAAAUGCAAGCAGCAGUGCAUCAAUGCAGUGCGAUCGUGGACUUCAUGGAGGAAAAACAAAUGCCUCAUCCAGUUAUGGUUAACGAUGAAGCAGUGUAUGAACAUGUGAAGAGAGUUGGGAAGACCUUAGUUGGGGAACCCAAUUUUCAGCUGUUCCCGGUUAUAAUGGGAGGCGAAGAUUUCAGCUUCUAUUCACAGAGGAUGCCAGCAGCCAUGUUUGUGAUUGGGACAAAGAAUGAGACUCUAAAGUCAGAUCAGCCAUUGCACUCACCUUACUUCUUCAUUGAUGAGGAGGCUCUUCCUAUCGGGGCAUCGUUCCAUGCUGCUGUUGCAAUGUCCUAUUUGGAUAGCUAUGCUGCUGAGUUCUGAUACUUUUUAGGAACUCGGUUGUAUUAUUUUCACUAGAUCCAUAGAAGAAGGAAAAAAAAAAAAGAGCAAUGCUAUAGGGACCUUAUUUGAGAACUUAAUUUAGAGACCUAAUGAUGUGACUUCAAUGUAACAAUUGGAUUAUUUGUGAGUUACAAUGUUAAAUGGAGCCCACAAUCAAUCCAAUGGUUGUAUUAAAUUAAGUCCCUAGAUUAGCUCCCCAAAUUAAGUCCAAAUAGCAUUUUUCAAAAAAAAAUUGUGGGAAUAAUUUGAAGGAGUGUAAUCUAUGCUAAUGGUGUAUUAUAAACUUCACAGCUGAUGUGGAAACUUCUAGUUGAAGCUCAAAGGUGGUGGAAAUAGUGAAGAUGAGUACUAAAAAGGGCCAAAAUGUGGGACCUCUUUUUUAAAAUGUGCCAUAUUUACUAUCAUUUAUCGAUAUUUAAU